AGGGCUUUGAACCGGUAUUUCCUGUUCCACCCUCUCCAGCCAGAGCCAGUCGUGGGGGUGGCUGGAGAGGGCGAGAAGCUGCCAGUAAAUGGGAGAGGAGGCUGGGGAAAUAGCCUGACUCAAAGAGACCCCGCACCUCCUGUCCCCCAGGCGUCCCGGGCUGCUCCCUCCCCCAGCCAGGGGGGCGCUCAGCUCCACACGGCGCGGGCUGCUGCCGCCGGACGCCUUGCCAGCCCCGCUCCAGGAAACAGACUACUACCCUGCCAUCCCCUUGUGAGUGGAACUGGGAGCACAGCUGUACUUCAAGCCCAAAAUACUUGACUGGAAAUAGACAGAGUGUGUCAAAAAGCAACAUUCCUCACCAGACCCUGUCUGCCCUUUCCCAGAACUAACAGUGGCAGCACAGUUUACAGUGGUGGAUACAAUAGACAAAGAGGCCCCAGGCAUGGAAGAGCUGAUAUGGGAACAGUACACUGUGACCUUACAAAAGGACUCAAAAAGAGGGUUUGGGAUUGCAGUAUCUGGUGGCAGAGAUAACCCUCAUUUUGAAAAUGGCGAAACAUCCAUAGUUAUCUCAGAUGUACUCGCAGGUGGCCCAGCAGAUGGAUUUCUUCAAGAAAAUGACCGGGUAGUCAUGGUUAACGGGACUUCGAUGGAAAAUGUUCCUCAUUCUUUUGCAGUGCAGCAGUUGAGAAAAAGUGGGAAAGUGGCUAUCCUUGUAGUGAAAAGACCACGGAAAGUUCAGCUCACUGUGCUAAGGAGAAGCCCCUCUCUUGACUACGAUGAUAGAGCUUUUGAUGUACUGGAUGACCAAGCAGAGUUUGAUGGCAAGAGUGCUCGAAGUGGCUACAGUGAUAGGAGCUGGCAUAGUGGACAGGGACGGCGCAGCCAAAGCUGGGGAAACAGCCCUGAUCGGAGCUACCGAAGAGAUCAAGAUAGAGGGCGAAGCCACAGCAGAGACCACAGCAGGGAGCGAAGCUACAGCCGGGAUGGAAGCCGUGGCAGGAGCAUUGAUAGGGAGAGAAGUUUGGGCCGAGAACGCAGAAGAGAUAGGAGCCGUGGCAGGAGCAUUGACAGAGAUGAUGGCUAUGAACGUGGUGCUGGUGACUAUAGCCCACCCAGGGAUUACAGUCAUAGACAUCAGCCUGACCCUAGAUACAACAAGGAAACAAGAAGUCGUAGUCGGGACAGACUGAAUUCCCACAGCCCCUCGUUUGAACGACACCACCAUGAGUACCCAGGAGGGCAAUACCAGGAUAGACCUAUCAGUGUUCUCUUAACAAAAAGCCAAUCCAAUGAAGAGUAUGGUCUUCGACUUGGAAGUCAGAUUUUCAUAAAAGAAAUGACCAGUACUGGCCUGGCAACAAAAGAUGGUAAUCUAUAUGAAGGAGACAUAAUACUCAAGAUUAAUGGAACAGUGACAGAGAAUAUGUCGUUAGCUGAUGCCCGAAAAUUGAUUGAAAGAUCACGAGGAAAACUCCAGUUGGUAGUGAUGAGGGACAGAAAACAGACACUACUCAAUAUCCCUUCGUUGCAUGACAGUGACUCGGAAAUAGAAGAUAUUUCCGAAAUUGAGUCAAACCGAUCAAGUUCCCCUCAAGAGGACCAAAAGUUGCAUCACUCUGACUUUGACUCUCAUUCGUCUAAUGAAAAACUAAAGGAAAAGCCAAAUACAAACGAGGAUCCACCAAACAGGUUGUCGAAGAUGGGAGCAACGCCCACACCUUUUAAAUCAACGAGUGAGAUAGCUGCUGCUGUCGCUGUCAUGGCCACUGACACAAACAAAGAACCAAAGUACAAAGAGGACCUGUCAGUGUCUCAACCAAAAGUUGCCCCAAGAACUUUUCUUCAGCCUAGUCCUGAAGAUGAAGCAAUAUACGGUCCUAAUACGAAGAUGAUAAAGUUCAAGAAAGGAGAUAGUGUGGGUCUCCGGCUGGCAGGUGGGAAUGAUGUAGGGAUAUUUGUUGCUGGAAUUCAAGAAGGCACUUCAGCUGAACAGGAGGGGCUGCAGGAAGGAGAUCAGAUUCUGAAGGUAAAUACACAGGAUUUUAGAGGCAUUGUCCGGGAGGAUGCUGUUCUCUACCUAUUAGAAAUUCCCAAGGGUGAAAUUGUGACCAUUUUGGCUCAGAGCAAAUAUGACGUGUAUAGAGACAUAAUGGCUUGUGGCAGAGGGGAUUCAUUUUUCAUAAGGAGUCAUUUUGAAUGUGAGAAGGAAUCUCCACAGAGUUUGGCAUUCACCAGAGGGGAGAUCUUCCGAGUAGUUGAUACACUGUACGAUGGCAAACUUGGUAACUGGCUGGCGGUGAGAAUUGGAAAUGAACUGGAAAAGGGCAUCAUUCCAAAUAAAAGCAGAGCUGAGCAGAUGGCCAGUGUUCAGAAUUCCCAAAGAGAUGGCUCAAGUGACAGGGCAGAUUUCUGGAGAAUGCGUGGGCAACGAUCUGCAGUGAAAAAGAAUCUGAGAAAGAGUCGUGAAGAUCUCACUGCAAUUGCGUCUGUUAGCACAAAGUUCCCAGCCUACGAGCGAGUUCUGCUGCGAGAAGCUGGUUUUAAGAGACCUGUGGUGAUAUUUGGUCCCAUAGCGGAUCUAGCAAUGGAAAAGCUGUCAAACGACUUACCUGAUCUGUAUCAAAUUGCCAAGACGGAACCUAAAGAUGCAGGUUCAGAGAAAUCAACUGGUGUCGUGCGUUUGAACACUGUGAGGCAAAUUAUCGAGCAGAAUAAACAUGCUUUGUUGGAUGUGACUCCGAAAGCAGUGGAUAUGUUGAACUAUACCCAGUGGUUCCCAAUUGUAGUCUUCUUCAACCCAGACAGUAAACAGGGAGUGAAAACUAUGAGACAAAGGCUAAGUCCUACAUCUAACAAGAGUUCCCGAAAGCUUUAUGAUCAAGCAAAUAAGCUGAAGAAAACUAGCUCCCAUUUUUUUACAGCUACCAUCAACUUGAAUUCAGCCAAUGAUAGCUGGUAUGGCAGUCUCAAAGAUACAAUUCAGCAACAGCAAGUUGAAGCAGUAUGGGUUUCAGAAGGAAAGUUAGAAGGAGGAGAUGAUGACAUGGACGAUCGCAUGUCAUAUCUAACAGCUAUGGGUGCUGACUACCUGAGCUGUGACAGCCGCUUGAUCAGUGACUUGGAAGACACAGAUGGGGAAGGAGGUGCAUACACGGACAAUGAGCUUGAUGAGCCAGCAGAUGAACCAAAUGUUUCCUCUAUUAGCCGGUCUUCUGAGCCUGUAUACCAAGAGGAGAGUAUAAGAAAAGCCAGCCCAGAACCAAAAGCUCAAAUGAGAAGGGCUGGUAGCAGAGAGAUACUUAGAGAUCCCAGCCCACCUCCAGCAUUCAAGCCCGAGCCACCUAAGGGUAAAGUACAAAACAAAGAAGAUGUAUAUGACUUUCCCAAGAACUAUGAACCCAAAACAAAUAGCUCUAACAUUGUCAGCAAUGAGACUUCAUCCAGGGCAGCACCUCCUCCUAUUUCUGUGAAACCUGCCUUUGGACGUCCUAUACUGAAGACAUCUCAGCCAGCAGUCCUAGCCACAGAGGAAGAGGAAAAUCCAGAGGAAGAUGCAGCUGGACAAGACGGUGCUCCAAAAUCUGUACUGGGGAAAGUUAAAAUAUUUGAGAAGAUGGAUCACAAGGCAAGACUGCAAAGAAUACAGGAACUACAAGAGGCACAGAAUGCCAGGCUGGAAAUAGCCCAGAAACACCCAGAUAUUUAUGCUGUCCCAAUCAAAACACGGAAGCCAGACCAGAACUGGCCCCAGCCCAUGAGUUCUAGACCUCCAGAGCCUCAGAAGCCACCUGCCAGGCCUUACCUAGAAAAUCGAGGAAGUUAUGGCAGUGAUGCAGAGGAGGAAGACUAUCGUCGGCAGCUAUCAGACCACUCCAAGCGUGGAUAUUAUGGACAGCCAUCCAGAUACAGGGACACAGAAUUAUAGACCCUCUAGCACAUGCCUUUAUAAAGCUGGUUUGAGACCCUUUUCCUUCCACAGACAAAAUGGAGCUCUGGUUAGUUAUAAAGGUAUAUUUUUAUUGGCAGUCUUAGGGUAUUCUACAUGAUACAGCCACAUACUGGAACUGGACUUACAUUUUGAGACUAUUUGUAUCUUUAAAAAAAGUGAUCACUUUUGCCUGAACAUUGUUGCCUGUUUUAUAAGGACCAAUACCCAUUCUAAAUCUUGUAUGUAUUCUUGAUAUUUUCAUAUUUUAACAUUUAAAAAAAAGUAAACUUUCUCUCCUUUAAAACUGCCUUUUUAGACUGUUCCACUGUUAUGAAAAUGUCUUCAGACAUAUAACUUUUUAAUGCAACAGAACUAAAUUCAAAAAAGUAUUUAAAGAACUCUUAAGUGCCUUUAACAAAAUUGUCUUAAAUUGUUCAUAUUGAUACCUGAUACUGUGCAAAGCCAUAAGUUACUAAAGGGUGUUUUACUGUGUUAUCUAACUUUUGUAUCAGUUUCAUGGCUCUAAUUUCCCCAGCAUGUUAUUUUUCUAAGCUAAUAGAUUGGUAUACGGCUUUUCAUAAAUAUUGACUGUAUGGGGAAAGAUGUACCUUUGUAGACUGGCUAAUAUGAAGCCAGGAAGGGUUGAAAUUGAGAAAAUGAUGUAGAAAUUCAAUUAAUUAUGUCUUUAAAUUGAUAUGGACCACAGAAUAAUAAAUGAAUAUAUUCUAGACAGA